UGAGUCAUGUUGAUGUUGCAAGUUCAUCCGGAAUAUUUAAAGCUAGAUAAGUGUCUGUUACUGUCACAGUCCUGUCUGGUGGAAGACUGAAACGCCGAGCUUGGGAAAGACUAUAUUCUUGUAUUCUAUAAUCAGAUUUCCGGGAGAUCUUUUCUGGAUUGACACCAUCAUGGGAUCCAAGCUGUCAGUGGAUGAAUCGGUAAGAGUAGUGAUUGUGGGUGGAGGUUUCGCCGGCAUAGCGGCUGCAAGUCAGCUGAAGUCUCAUGGAAUCCCUUUUGUUCUGGUGGAUAUGAAAGACUCGUUUCACCACAAUGUUGGGGCACUUCGAGCUUCUGUAGAGAGUGGUUUUGCAAGAAAAACCUUCAUUUCCUUCAACGAUUCAUAUCAAGACAGCUUCAAACAAGGCAAAGUGGCAGCAAUAAACACGCAGACCCAGAACGUGGUACUAGAAAGCAACGAGGAACUGCACUAUUCCCAUCUCAUAAUUGCUACAGGGAGUAAUGGUCCCUUCCCUGGGAAAUUUAACAAAAUAUCCACCAAGGAUGCAGCUAUUCAGAUGUAUGAAGAUCUGGUAAAGGAGGUCCAAAAAGCUAAACACGUGGUUGUUGUGGGUGGAGGUUCUGCGGGUGUUGAAAUGGCUGCAGAGGUGAAAACAGAUUAUCCAGAGAAAGAGGUUACAUUGGUACAUUCAAAGGUUGCAUUAGCAGAUGUGGAACUACAGCCACGUGUUAGGAACACCGUGAAGGAAAUCCUCCUGAAAAAGGGAGUAAAGCUAGUAUUGGGCCAGAAAGUUGCUAACUUGGAUGAACUUACACCAAAUGUGGUUCAAGAUAAUAUGGAAAUACGUUUGGAUAAGGAUCCUGAGGUCAUUACUGCUGACCUGCUCCUCUGCUGUACAGGAAUCAAGAUCAACUCAUCUUGUUACAUCAAUGUAUUUGGUGACAAAGUAGCAAGCAAUGGAGCUCUUAAGGUGAAUGACUAUCUUCAAGUAGAAGGAUACAGCAACAUUUAUGCAGUAGGAGACUGUGCUGACUUAAGAGAACCUAAAAUGGCAUACAGUGCGGGUCUGCAUGCCAAGAUUGCCGUCACUAACAUUAUCAACAGUUUAUUGGAGAAACCACUGAAACCAUACAAAACAGGGCAAGUUUCAAUGCUUCUAUCAAUGGGUCGAAAUGAUGGAGUAGGGCAGUUCAAUGGCUUCUACAUGGGGCGGGUUUUGGUGACCAAAGCUAAAAGCCGUGAUAUAUUUGUCGGGAAGAGUUGGAAGGAGAUGGAACAGACAAUGCCAAAAUAA